GCAUUGCAUUAUGGGAUGGUAAUGGUGGGCGCGUGAUUUUGAACAAACACAGAAUGCCUAUCGAAAAAACAGGCAUUGAAAAUGGAAACAACAUUGAGGUUAUCUUACAAGAUGGAUGCAACACUGUGUCUGUAACCUCUGAUAAUAACUUGGAGAAUUCUAAUACCAAUGCCAAUUUUGCUGAAAUUCCUGUAUCAUUGGAAUGUAACAGUGCAAAAGUGUUAAACAAAGUUGACAACCUGGAUUCAGAUAUUGUCAGUAAUGACCAGGAUGUGGCAGCCUUACUUGGGAACUCUGUACAGUCCAGUGAUGGUGCCCUUCCUACAAUUACCCUGGCAUCAGAUGAUUUCAGUGCAACUUCAGAAGAUGUCAAAAGUUUGACGAACACUGUCUCUAACUCUAAUGAAGUAACAACUACACAAUCAUUGAAAAGACAACUUUCAUCAACUACACCCCCUGUGGUCCAUAAAGUCAUAAUAACUAAAAAUCCCAAUAGUGACCAACCUCAAGUCAUGCCAGUGCAAGUGAAUCAAUUGGGACAAUUCCAGCUGCAAUCAGGACAGAGUUUUAAUGUGUCCUCAUCAGGAGCUAUAAGUCUUUUACCUCAGGGAUCACAAACACCAACAAAAACAAUCACCAUUUCUCCACAAGGUGUCCUUUCUCCAGGAAAGCAGUAUGUUAUUCCUUCAACUCCUACAAAAUAUGUUGGUGUUCAUGGAAAUAAAGUGCCCAUUUCACCAGCAUCAAAAACUCCUACCAAAAUAACCAUGAUCCCUGUGACAAUUGGUAAAUCUCCUCAAAGACUGGUUCCAGCUUCAUCUGUGUUAAAUAAACAAGUGAAUAUUUCAUCAGGAGCUGGAGGAUCAAGACCAACUUUGAUCACAAUGUCACCUUCAAAAGUGAUGAAAGAGGGUACAGUGGUGCAACAACGACCAAUACAAAUUCAGCCCUCACAGGCAAAACAGAUAAUAACGGUGCCCACUGGUAGUGGAGUAAAACAGGUACAGAUUCCAAUAUCAAUGCAGGGCAGUCGCUUUCAGUAUGUGAGACUGGUUUCCCCCAGUUCCCAAGCAGCCAUGGCCGCAGGAGUGUCUAAAAGCACCAGUCUAACAUCACUAGUACAGCCAGCAAAGUCCAUUGCGCCGGCAUUAAGUACAUCAGAUUCCCAGGGGAACAUUCAACAGCUUAAGAUCACACUACCCGCUCAAGGAACGCCACAAAUAGUAACUUCAAAACCUCAGACUACACAACAAGUUCAGCGGAUUUUGUUACCAGCAGCCCCAACUCAACAAGUGGCAAUUCGAGUUUCAACACCCAUGGCAGUGUCGUCGGUCGCUCAGAUCAGACCUGCUACUUCUACGGUCACCAACAUUGCUGGACUACCCCCAGGUACCACCCUGCUGUCGGGUGGAUCCGGACUUCAGGGAUUUGCUCUUGUCCCGGCAUCUUAUGUGACACAGCUUCAGCAGCAAGUACAGCCAAAAACCAUCACUGUGCAACAGCCAUCUCUGCCAGCAACAAACACUGUUGCAACAGUGGAGCCACAGAGUUUGCUGCAGCAACAACAACAGAGGCAGGAGUUUGUGCCUAUAGCCAGCAGUGACCCAUCUCUCAGUGCUAACCUCAAACAAAAUGGAUCUGCAAUAGAGGCUACAGGAGCCAGGCCAAGAAAACCUUGUAAUUGUACAAAAUCCCAGUGCUUAAAACUGUAUUGUGACUGUUUUGCCAAUGGAGAGUUCUGUCACAACUGUAACUGCAACAACUGUGCCAACAACUUGGACCAUGAGGAGGAGCGCUCAAGAGCGAUCAAGUCCUGUUUGGACAGAAACCCCAUGGCUUUUCAUCCAAAGAUCGGUAAAGGCAGAGAUGGAGAAAGAGACCGCAGACACAACAAGGGCUGCAACUGUAAACGCUCAGGCUGCCUGAAGAACUACUGUGAAUGUUAUGAGGCAAAAAUAAUGUGCUCAAGUUCUUGUAAAUGUAUUGGAUGCAAGAACUUUGAAGAAAGUCCAGAAAGGAAAACUUUAAUGCACUUAGCAGAUGCAGCGGAGGUUAGAGUUCAACAACAGACAGCAGCAAAAUCAAAACUGUCCUCCCAGAUAUCAGGAAUUCCAUCACGACGACCUCAGAUUGCCUCCACAGGAGAAAGGCUGCCGUACACAUUUUUAACCUCAGAUGUUGCGGAGGCAACGUGUGCCUGUCUGUUGGCUCAGGCAGAGGAGGCCGAGAGACUGAAGAUGCCACCAGUAGUGCAGGAGAGGAUGGUGAUUGAAGAGUUUGGACGCUGUCUGCUGCAAAUCAUAGAAUCUGCAAACAAGACAAAAGAAAACACAGACACAUGAUAGCCUGAUCUUGGUUCCAACCGUGUGUAAUUCCAGCUCAAGUGCCAGCACCAGUGUAUCCUGUUCCCUGCUUGUGUGUGCGUGUGCAUGUGUUUAUCACAGUGUCUGACCUCUCUCUAACAGUAUUCUCCGAACGUGGACAAAUGUGAGACAUUGAGUGCUAGCCAGGCCGAGACGGAAGCCACAAGCCUUUUGUCCUACCAGUGAUAAAUAGGAUGAAGCAAGCUGGGACUCCUCUUACCAGUGAAGGCAGCUUCUCAAGUUUAUACAAACAAACUUCAAAGCGUGGAAAAUACAAGUGCUUUUGACUUUUCUUUAGCACAGGAAAUCUGAAAUUUGUCACGUGUUUGGUCAAGAUAUUCUUUUUUCAGUGUUUUAUAGUGUUUUUUGUUCUUCUGUCAUUUACCCUAAGUCAUUUACCAUGUUACUGGGCAUCAACCUCAACUUACUUGUAAAUUGUUAAGUGAAUAUCAAUUUUAAUCUUAAACGCCAUUUUGUUAUCCAUGAAGUUGUGUAAAAAAAAAGUAUGCACACUUUUUGAUUGAAAAUGAUGAUUGCCACAGAGUUAAAUUUCUUUUGAGAUAUCUUAGUACACAAUAAUGUAUAGGGCAGUUAAUAUGAUGAUUACAGCAUAGUUAUACACUGCACAUUUCCUUUCUGGAUAUACGAUACGACUAUGUGUUGGGCAGUAAAAGUGUUCAACGUAUUAAUAAAUGGCAUAUUUUUCUUUCUUCUUCUGAUAUGGAUUAUUUUAUUUAUUUUGGAGAUUUUAGGAAUUAAAAUUUCAUUAAUGGUGUAAUUUUAUUCUAGCCAUUUAUGUUUUUAUUAUUAAAUUAUGAAAUGAGAAUUGUGUGUAAGGGUUCAAUUUCUAAUAUUAUUUUUAAUUUACAGGAACUAUCAUAAAUCUAUUAAUGAUUGUAGAAAACAAAAGAUGAAAAUACUUAUACAUGUAUACAUGUAUGUUUUAAAUUCUUAGAAUGGUGAUAUGUUUUCAAUCUCUUAUUUAUAUGAAUUCAUUUCACAAGUUGCUUGCACAAGAAUUGGAAGACUAUUAGUAUGACAUUCUUGCAUUUGCUCAAGUUUUGUUAAUGUAUACAUUUUCAUGUACCUGUGUAAAUUUUAUUUGGCUUUUUGCAUUUGUAAUUUAUAAGAACAACUGUACACUUGAAUUGUGAAUUGAGUGUCUAUAUAUAUUAAUUUUAUCAACAUACAUGAACCUGUAAUUUAAUGGCUGUAGAAUACAGCUGAAUUGUAAAUAUAAACAGAUCCUAUAUUCUCAUUAUGAUUACAUGUAUAUGAGACAGCUGAUUUCAUGGGUAUAAAAUCUUCUAGAUACGGUCAACACAACUCUCUCACACAAGUCAUUCAACAUCCCUCAAGUCCCGCGAUAACCACCAUUGAAUUAUCGUUAAGUACAUCUUCUCUUGUUGGCUUUAAACCUCACAUUUUUCUUCAUUCAUUUUCUAGUCAUCAUACUGUACAAAACUACAUGUACUUCAGAGUUUAUUUUUCAAGCAAAAUCAAUAUACAUGUAUAUCCAUAGAUUUGAAUGAUGAGCAAGUGUGUGAUGUAUGGAUGUGUGAAUUUAGCACACUAUUUACCAUAGUUGUCCGAUAGCUUCAGAAAAUCUAACACCUCCCUGCAGUGUGUAAGCUGGUUUUAAUAGCAUAAUUCCAUUACUUAACAUUUGUAUAUCAAUUACAAUGUAUAUGAAUUGUGAUGGUAUUACAUGGGUAAUAUCUUAUACACUUAUAGAUAAGCUUAUGUAGUGUUUAUAAAUAACAAGUUUGCAAGGUUGUUUAAAUCAUAUUGAAUAUUAGAGGGGUUGGGUUGAGAUUUUUGGGUUUCUUUUUGUUUAUUUCUUUUUUAUAUUUCUUAGAAACAUUGAAUCUAAAAAGUAAAGACAGUAUAUUGUGAUUGCAUUUUUUUUUUCAAAUCCCAGACAUUUAUUUUAAAUUAAUUCAAGGAUUGCUAUAUUUAUUAAACACCAAACAAGACAGAAAAAUGUUUUUUGAUGUCUUGUACAAAAGUGAACUUUUCAUGUGUCGGGGCCUUUAGAUUAUGAAUGUCAUGUGCAAUAUCUGAGAAUGAAUGAUGUUAGUAAAUAAUAUAGACCCUUCAUUUCAGCAGCAGCUUAAUAUGUGGAGUCAAAUAAAUCAUCAACUACAUAAACAA